UGGUAAAGAGGUUGUAGGUUGUAAGUUUCUGGACGAUGCACCACGCUGCCUUUUGACAACAUGACUGAGCGACGCAGAUUUAUGUUCAUUUGAGAAAAGCGCUCUUCCGUCGUUCACAUUACGGGCCAUAGACCAGUGCCCCGCGGUUCAGCAUAAUCGAAUCCGUCCAAUGUUGCCAGCGAUCUGGCACACCGCCUUCUGCCCCAUUGAAGCGCGCGCAUUGUUUUCGUGACGUGUCCAGCUAAUUCGUCUAGGUCCGUCGAAGAAAGUUUCUGGUUAGAAAUGUGGCUUGACAUACAGUAAUUCCCUUGAUCGCGGGUGAACAACUUCGAAGAAAGAAAACACUUUGGAAUGUAUCGUCAACAUGCAAAGUCUUUGACCCCAGGUGUGAAGCAGCUAGCUGACCUAGCUGAACACUAGGUGGACCUACGUUUUGGGGAAAAUGCACUCAAGUGUUGAGGUGCCCCCGAACACCCCUGUUGCCAGCAACCACAACAACAGUCCCGGAAACACAGGUUCUCAGUAUGCCUUGUGUGCCCUGGGGGUGGGACUGGUGGCCCUGGGCAUUGUCAUGAUCGUGUGGACUGUGGUGCCUUCCGACAUGGCCGGAAACAACAGCAGUGGCACCGGAGGAGGGAACCCGAAACCGGACACUAGGGGGAGGACUUCAUCGGUGGCCUUUGUGCUGGUCGGGGCUGGGGUGGCCAUGCUCCUGCUGUCCCUGUGCCUGGGGAUGAGGAACAAGCAGCGGGAGCAGCAGGCGCUCCUAGAGGCCCAGGCUCUGGGGGCAGGCAACGUAGCUGCCAGUGAGGAGGAUGGAGAGAUGGCAGAGGAUCGAGUCCAGAGGUACACUGUGCCCAGCUACGAGGAAGUGGUAGGCAGUGGCGAGUACCCCAUACGCCAGAGCAACUUGCGCCACAGCUCCUCCCAGCUGCCUUCUUACGACGACCUGGUGGACGGUGUGCAGAUUGAGCUGGAAGGGUCAGAGGUCACCCAGACGACACCCGCUUCCGCUAACCCUGCCUCCUCCGCUGCUGCUGCUCCUAACCGCCGCACUGGGCGAACAAGUCUCAAGCUCCUUCCCCUUAAGAUCCGGAGGAUUAAAUCGGAGAAGCUCUUUAUGGAUAACUCUCAGCCACCGGGAGGGAUCAGUAUUGAGCCGCUCACUCCACCACCAAUGUAUGAGGAUAAAGCGCCCGAGCUCUGAGACUUGGCACCUUCUAGGUUUCAAAGCAGGCAACUGCAGCCACUGCGGUCCACUAUGCGUGGAUUGGUUGUGCAGUGCUACUAUAGAUGUGAUCAGAUGGCCCUUGUCAUGCAUCCGUGGCUAAAUAAUCUCGAUGACACUUGUCAUGCCUACCUGGCUGAGGACUUUUCUUUAGACCUGCAACUCAAGGGCAGUGAACACAGUUCCAAACGUGGGGCACUGGGAUUUGACUAGAACUUUGGGUCAACACUAAUGUUGCUGGACAGAGGGAACACAUCCGAGUUCCGACUGAUUUACAAGGACAUUGAAGCUUACAGGGACAUUGAAGCUCGGUUCAAAGGAUCAAUAUUAUUGGGGGAAAUACUCAGCUUUGUCUUUGAUGCCUUUGUUACUUUACAACAAAUACUUACUCUGGUCCAAAUCUCCUUUGUAUGCAGUUGACCAUACUUUGUUAUGUUCAUCUGUCUGCUAUAUUAUUUAAAGUUCCAUCUUCAUCCUCAGUCCAGUCAGCCACGUGUGCUAUAUGUAUUAGUAUUAUUCAUGUCUAAGUUUUGUAUUCUGUACAGCAACUUAGACAGCUACUCCUCACAUUUUGGGAGAGGUGUUAUUUGGCGACUGACUCAAUGGCCGUCUUACUCAGACAGUGUUUGUGUGUUGCUGCCUGUGUUGCUCGUCAAUAGAGGACAAUUGAGAGAGCGAGAGAGAGAGACCAAGGCUCUUGAGAGAGCGAGAGAGAGAGAGACCGAGGCUCAUGGAUAGUUAGAAGCCUUUGCACUGUAGUCAUGGUGAAAUGGGGAUGAGCUCUGAAGGCAGUAGUGUAGUCCAGCUCUUUUCCUUGGCUGUUUUUUUUUUUGCUCAAUAGAGGAGAACACAGGGGGGACUUUCUCUGAGCAGCUGGGAGCUGGGAUAAUGGCACCCAUUGCUCACUCACUCAUCACUCUUGAACUAAUCUUCACUAGCUCCUUGACUGGCAGCACUGUUUUCAGAGAAUGAAAUUCUGGUGUCCAUGGUUUGACCCCAUUUUGUUUAGUGGAGCAAAAAGACUUCAGUGCCUUUAUCUUUCUAGUCUGUCUGUUUCAUGCUUAUGAGAGAAUGGAAAUUAGCGAAUCCAUUAAGUGUUUGGAAUUCUAGAAUGUUAUUUUCUUAUACAUUUACAUUACAUUUACAUUAUCAUACGGAUGCUAUUUUCUGAUGUCAUGUUGAUGAACCUGUUCAGCAACUAUUCACUACUUUUAGGUGGGAACACAAACUGUACACAACAGUAGCCUUCUUUGCAUAAGUGAACACUUAAUAAACUAGCAAAUGCUCACAAAAUGCAUACCUAUGCACACAGAACAAGAAUAGGCUUUUUUAAGGAGAAUUUAAUUGCUAAAUUACUAUACUCAACAAAAAUAUAAAAGCAAUAUGUAAAGUGAUGGUCCCAUGUUUCAUGAGCUGAAAUAAAAGAUCCUAGU